GGGGGCUCCGGGGCUCCCUCUGUCCCUGCCCCCUCCCGCCGGGGGCCGUGUCCGGCAGCGGGGCCGAGCCCGGGGCUGCGCCGGCGCCAGGCUCCAGCCAGGGGGGUCCCGCGGGCAGCUCCACCAUGUCGGACAGUGACCCGGGGGACGAGGACGGCGCCACAUCCCCUGACCCCUCGCAGUGCAAGAGGAAGAGAAGGGGCAACCUCCCCAAGGAGUCGGUGAAGAUCCUGCGGGACUGGCUGUACGAGCACCGCUUCAACGCCUACCCCUCGGAGCAGGAGAAGCUCAGCCUCUCGGGGCAGACCAGCCUCUCCGUGCUUCAGAUCUGUAACUGGUUCAUCAACGCGCGCCGGCGGCUGCUCCCCGACAUGCUGCGCAAGGACGGCAAGGACCCCAACCAGUUCACCAUCUCCCGCCGGGGGGGCAAAGCCGGAGACGCGGCCGUGCCUCGGGGCGCUGCCGCCGGCCCCGGGGUGCUCGUGGUGCCGCCCGCGGGCGCCUCCAAGGUGCUGUCGAUGUCGGUGUGCCCGCAGGUACUGUGCCAGCCGGCGCGGGCGCUGGCCGUGGUGAGCGCCCACAGCCCCGAGUGGGAGAAGCCCCCCGGGCCCGAGGCCAGGGCGGGCCCCGGCAGCAGCACCCUGACCCUGCUGGCGCGGGCCGAGGCGGGCAGCCCCACACCCGGACUCUUCAACACGCCGCCCCCGACGCCCCCCGAGCUCUUCGGGGACGACUUCAGCAGCUUCCAGCUGCUGGUGGAGGUGGCCCUGCAGAAGGCGGCCGAGCUGGAGCGGCAGCGGCAGGGGGGGCAGCUGCCCCUGGCUCCCCACGCCGAGCCCCCCGCAGGCUCCAAAUAGCCCCGGGCCGGGUCCCGCAGGGUGCCCUUCCCGGGGCUCCGACCCUCCCGGCCUCCGCCUCGCCCCCGCCGCCCAUCCAGGAGCGGCUCCUGCCCCCGGGGGCUCCGGUGUCUCUCGGCAGCCGAGGCGGCAGAGGAAGGCCGGUCCCACCCCGCCAUCCUCCCCGGAGAUGCCCCGGCUGCCGAGCGCGGUGCCCCGGUGUGUGCCCGAGCCCGGCGCUGGCAGUGCCCUGUCCCUGUCCCGCUGUGUGCCCGAGCCCGGCGCUGGCAGUGCCCUGUCCCUGCCGCACGGCCGGAGCGGGCACUGCAGCUCCCUGGAAAACCUGCUGAUCUCCUCCUCUCCUGCAAACAAGGGUCCAGCCAGCACCGCUUCUUCAGGGAGACAGAGAGAACCUGGGUUUUUUAAUGCCAGUGUAAGGACUGUGGCUGAAGAGCUUUGUCUCCCAAAUCCCUGAUCCUUUCUCCCUGCCGCCCUUCCCCCCCGGCCCCACUUUUGUUUUGGGGGGCUUUUCUGUUUCCCGGUGCUGGCCAGGGGGCCUGCCUUGCCCAGGGAAGGGCAAAGGACAGAUGAACUGGAAACAUGGAGUCUGUGGCAUUUUAUCGUGGAAAAAAUAGGACCCUCCUCUUCCUUUUUAGGUUGUUCUGGAUGCUGCCAGUAGAAAUUUCUAUGGUGCUGUUUAGCAAGUUUUUUGUUGAAACAUUUUCCCUUUAAUUGUGAUUUAUUACAUGAUUAUUACUUUUUUUUUUUUUUUUUUUAAUCUGUAAGCGUUUCCACACCUUCCCCACGGUCCCCUCGAGUCCAUGCGGAAUGUGUGCACGCCGUGCCCGGAGCAGUGAGCGCGUGGCCAAGCCCGGGCAGAGCUGAGACUGUGAAUUUCGUACCCGAUUUCAUUUCCUUUUUUAUUUUAUUUUAUUUUAAUUUUUUUUUCCCCAUAAAACCUUUGGAAAGAGGCGUGGUGCGGGCACGGCCAUGUGCGUCCUGCAAGUGCAGCGCGGGGCUCCCGGGAGGCAGCGCGGGCGGGCGGAGCACGGAGAUGUCGCUCGCUGUCCCCUCCCCUCGCAGCGCGGCUGUGCGGCGCUGGGGACCUCUAGUGACAAACGGGCGUGAGCUGGGAUGGCCGCGCCUGCGGGGACCGGGGCAGCUCCUGGGCUCCGGGGCAGCUCGUGGCUGCUGUCGCUCGCUGUCCCCGGGCAGCUCGUGGCUGCUGUCGCUCGCUGUCCCCGGGCGCUGUGCCGCGCCCUGUGGGAGGCGCGCUGUUCAGUGGCUGUGCCCGGCGCGGGCAGCGCUGAUCCCCUCGGUAAUCACCGAGCCGGAUGAGGUGAUGGCUGGAAGGGUAAAGCCGCCGGACUGGGAGCUCUGCAGGGCGGGGGGAGAGCACCGGAGGGGAGGCAGGGGUUGGAAGGGAAAAGCGCUGAUUUGGGGGACUGGUGUGUUCCCACCCCCCAUUUCUUCAGAGUGCCAGGGAGGGGCUGCUGUGGGAAGGUUUCCCAACAGCAUCGCCUGGGCAGGUGCCCUGUGCAGUGCUGGGGUCACCGGGGCGGGUGGGUGCCCAUCGUGUGCCUCUCACCCCCACUUCCAUUUCUGUGUCCAGCCUUCGUUUGCCCUUUGUCUCCUUCCAAGGGAAAAUUCUCAGUUCUGGGACUCUCACCUUGUCACCCCCCUGCAGCUCUGUCCCUUGCCCUGGGGGAGGGAGAGGCUCUUUGGCCUCCUGCUCUCUUGCCCCAGUCAAACCCAAGUGGUUUCCUCGCCCCGAGCUGCGCCUGUGCCAGGGGCUGGUGCUGCUGCCCUGGGAUGGACCAGAGAGUUGGAAGGGCAGGAGGUAUUGGGAUGAAAUUUAUGGAGAAAUAACAAACUACUGUAAAUAUCUUUUUGUUUGUUUUUCUACUGUCAAAUAAAAGUUUUUUUAGUUUUGGUUGUUAUUUUUAAA